GCGAACAAGACGGACGAACUCACAACUCAUUCACUGCGCAUCGGUUAUUGUGCUGGCCGGCAACUCCCCAGCAACUCCAUAUUGCUAUACUAUUGCAGAACCGAUGUCUUGAGAUGGUUACAGUUGGUGGCGGCGGCGGUUCGAGCAGUCCGCUCACAUCUACGACCAACGCGCGGACGACAAUCGAUUUUGGUGGCCGCGACAGAGUCUGAAAAAGUGACAGAUCGCGCAAAUUUUCCCUCGAGAUUCAAACAAUACAUUCACCAAGAUGGCGCAAACACAACCCCAGCAGCAUUACCCCCAACCUUUCUCGCCUCCUGGUCCCUCCCCGUCUCCCAACCCGGCGUCUCCAGUGAAUGGUGGCCUUCCACCUCAGAAGCGACAGCCGUUUUCUCCUCUCCCUCCGACACAGACACAAUCACCAUAUGCCUCUCCAAGCUUUGGGACUCUUCAGUUACCGCAGAAUCAAUCGCCAAUGAUGAACGGGACAAAUAUGAACGGCACGGCACCAACGCCAGCGCCGCCCCCGCCGUCGGGCACAAUGGGACCUCCAUCUCGACCGGCAGAGAAAGCGACGGAUGCUGCUGAACUGACGGAUGUUCUGGCAUCCUCUGGUAUUGAUGUUAGGGAAGAAGAGGCUUUUCUUACGAGUAGCUAUUCUGGGCCUCCUCCACGGGCUCAACAGGUGCUGCCCCCCCAGCAACAACAACAGCACCAGCAAUUACAACAGGCCCCUACUUCUUUUACAUCACAAACCUCUACGGCUGGGACACCCACUCCGACAGCAAGCUUCAGUGAGCCUUCGCAGAUUAAAACACAGGAUUCCUACUACACCGAACCAACACCCGCUCCUUACAGAACCCAAACCGAACCGAUUCGCGAGGAUUCCGAAGCGGCCAGACGCGCGCAGUACCAUCUGCAAGAGCCUUUCUUGUUAACAAAACUUCUUGAGCAAAAGUUGCAGAGACGCGGCUUUGAACUUGGCGUUCGUAUACCCGCAGAAGGGUUAUUCCAUCCGGUACCGGGCCGCCCACAGCCGAUCGAAGUCACAGGGCCAGAUGGUUCAUCCAUUGUGCGGACAGGAAAGACGAUUUUGAACCAGGAAGGCGCGCCUUUGGUGGAUAUACUGAAUCUCAUGUCGAUAUGCUGUGAAGAACGGCUGAGAAACGUGGUCGACUAUUCGUCAUCACUUGCCAGAACCCGGCGCGCACACUCACACGGGGUGGUGCCAGUUGAGUGGCAAGACUUGACCCGUUCCGCCGAACAGGCGAACGGGACCGGAAGCCCCAAGUCGUCUUCACUCAAACGGCCACAUUCUGCGACCGACCAAUCGUCGACCCGACCGCUCCCUGAGAAGUACCGUAUGCUCAUGGAGAAGGACGUGUCGAACGAAGAAAUUCGUGCUAAAAAGCGUGCCAAACGCAGCGAAAAUGCCAUCUUGGGGGAAAGUACCGGAAACCGAGCAGAAUCGGCAGAGCCCACCGGGUCUGCUCCUUCUACGCCCAUUGGGGAGAAAGCCCCUGGGUUCGAUAAGAAGGGGGUUUCCAAGAAGGAAGCCAGAAAAAUGGUUGAUGCCAAGGCCAGCGAGGCCCAGCAACACCAGCAGUCCGUGGAGACGGCGCGUAUGGCCACGAACAGCAUGCUGUCCGGCCGGGUGUUUGGUACCAAGAAGUCGUACUCUUGGUUAAACCGGGGUGGCUCGAAUGCCAGUGGCUUUAGCACGCCGUCGCGUCUCAAUGCAGCCUCCCCCAGUACAGGCGGCGAGAAGAACGGCCGCAACGGCGAGCCGGCCGUCAUUCCACCCAAACAACUUGGGGCAUGGCGGGAGGAUCAAGAAAAGGGCGCUGGUAUCCAACUUCGGGAUGUUCUUUUUAUGCUGGAACUCGAUGGACGAGGCGCGAAGCAUGUACAAAAGGCGUACUCCAAGGAUCUGAAAGAAGAUCGAAUGGAAUGAUGCUUUCCCUUCGGUUCUCAAGUUUUUUUCCUGUAACCUCCACCUGUCUAACAUUCUUAACUCCCCACGGCUACUAGGCAGGCCGUGGUCGUUGGCGUUACGGUUGCUUUCUUUUCACUUUGUGUUUAUUCUUGACUAUGGGGUUUUGGUGCUAGUGUGCAGAGUGUCUUGAUUUCAUGGAUGCAUGUUUUGCUGGGGAUUAGAAGUGCGACCACGGCAUUGUCAUUCUUGUUCUUUACUUAGUUGAAUACCUAACGAAUCUAAUUGUAGAACUGUAUCUUUGAGAG